ACGAUGAGCUGUCGUGUCCAAGAGGAGCUACGGCAAGCCACUCCGUCCUAAAAGGCUAGAACUGAUCAUUUUUGCGAGGCAACGACUAAAACAACAUAACUGUCUACGGAGUCAAGUGAAGAUACAAAUCAUUACCGUCAGAAUGGGGAGGUGUAGUUCUCAGUGGGGGGGUCUGCUGGUCCUCCUGUCCUCCUGCCUGCUGUGUGUUCACUCUGGGGGGGAGCAGCAGCAUCAGCAGCAGGUGGUGGAGAGUGCAGCUCACGUCACAUCCCACGGUCACCUGGACAGAAACAUGGUCCAGGACAAAGACCACAUCAUGGAGCAUUUAGAGGGAGUGAUAGACAAACCGGAGACAGACAUGACGCCACAGGAGCUUCAGCUGCACUACUUCAAGAUGCACGAUUACGAUGGCAACAACCUGCUAGAUGGGCUGGAGCUGGCCACAGCCAUCACACAUGUGCACAGAGAGGAGAGAGGGGAGCACAGCCAGCCAAUGAAAGAAGAGGACCUCAUCGUCCUUAUCGAUGAUGUUCUCAAGGACGACGACAAAAACAAUGACGGGUAUAUAGAUUAUGCCGAGUUUGCCAAAUCACUGGAGUAAGAUAUAAGACAUAUUCUGUGUUGUCAACAACAACAACAACAACAACAACAAGGAAUCUGCAGAGGAGAGAUGAAAUAAGAAUCUGCCACCAACGUUUAAUCUUUGCUUUCUCUCUCACAGGCCAUCAGUCAGGGUUUUAAGUCAGUUAUGGAGUUUUGAAAUGUGGACAUCUUUUUUUCAAUGAUGUCCAAGGGGAUUUCAGCAAAUGGUUAUUCCUUUAAUGUAUUAAGUAACAAAAGAAAAGGGGAAAACAAAAUGGCUUUAUGUUGGUCUGACUGGUGACAUCCCUGCUGUCUUUGUAGAUUCCUGGCAAUCAUGCCUUUUUUUUGGUCAGUCAGUUCACCCAGCAUCACCAACAAACACAGUUGUCCAUCAACCCCUGAUGGGUUACUAAACACAGUAGACAGUGUACCCUCAAAAAAAAGCCCAGUGCAAGGGCUGGAAAGAGCUUUUUCUCUCAUUUAUGGGUUGACUUCAUUUAUAGUUUGAUUAUCAAAAUGUGAUUAUUAUUUAUUUUAUUUCUCCAGAGCUUACUUCUCGUAAAAGUUUGCUAAAAUAAAGGCCCAAUAAUUUGAUUUAGAACCAGUACAACUAUCGAUAACACAGUGGCAAAUGAAAGCCAACACGACUUACUGUAGCUACUACAGGGAAAAGUGAGAAUUAAUGAUGACAUUUUGGGUGACUUGGCCCCCUUAUACGUACAGGACCUCUAUAGUGUGUGUACUUCUCUGAGGGGUACUACACACUUGCAACACGAGCAAACACACCCUCGCUGUGUGACGCUCACCAUGGUGGACCAAAGAUUCCUAAUGCGAAUCACAUUUGCUGUGUGUGAUGAGAAUGUGACGCUUGAAAGUGGCCUUGACUUGAUCAGGUGUGUGUGUGUGUGUGUGUGUGUGUGUGUGUGUGUGUGUGUGUGUGUGUGUGUGUGUGUGUGUGUGUGUGUGUGUGUGUGUGUGUGUGUGUGUGUGUGUGUGUGUGUGUGUGUGUGUGUGUGUGUGUGUGUGUGUGUGUGUGUGUGUGUGUGUGUGUGUGUGUGUGUGUGUGUGUGUGGUUUAUUUUUUAGGUGGCCUGCUGGGCACCAAAUAUAGAAUGUGAGCUUAUAGUGGAACAUCGGCAGCAUUUUUGCUGCUGUUUUCAUGACAAUUACGGAAGUCCUGAGAGGCAAAUGAAGGAGCAAAGACAAAUGAUUUGCCUGGAUACAAUUAUAUAAAUUAUAUUACAUAAGCUUCCUUUUUUCUCCUUCUAUAAAACAGAUUAGGGAAAGGCUUGGCAAGGUUAAAAUAAACUCUGGCUACGAUAACAGUAAUAAUAAAAAAGUUAGUUUUUUAGAAUUUGUGAAAAUAGAUGGAGAAAAGUUUUUGUUUUUCUUUAGAAUCAAUUGGAAUUAAGACACAUUUUGACCAGAACAUUUGGGACUUAACCUUAAAAAAUACAUGAAUGUAUUUGGUCUCAUUUAAAACUUGAAGUUUUGGUGCCCCUUUGUGGCCUAAAUAAGUAUUAUGGCCAUGCUGUAUAUUUUCAUCUGUGUUCGAGUAAUACAAUGGUAAAGCAACAAUCAGAAUGGAUUGGAAAAUGGAUCACCAUUUUUUUUUUCUGUCAAUUGCCUCCUAUAACUUCUGCAUAAUACCAUAAUAAAUAUAUGAGCCAAUCACAACCAUCUUCACUGUAGCCAGCUGAUACUUGACAUAAAUCUCCCAGAUGGAAUGUAACGCAGCAGUGCCAUACUGCUGCUUCUUUACCACUGGAUAAGCUGCACUCAAAGCACACUGGUCGAUUGAGCAGUUCAAAAAGCAGACAGGUUUCCAGUAAAAAUACUUGUUAAAUAAAUGCAACACAUGUUUUCUUGAGAUCAUAAGCUGCCUUUCAAACAGAAACAGAUCGAACGUGAGGUCUGUGUUUAUUGAAUCCGUCUUUUUUUGAUGGAAAAUUAAGUUCUAUAUUUUUGCCAUCCUGUAUUGAUUCAACAAUAAAUAUAUAAAACAGAUACAAUUGUGUUGUCUUUGAAAUGUGAGAUAUAUUAAAAACUACCCUCUAAAGAA